AUGCUGAGCGCGGCGGCGUUCGGGCGCGCGACGGUGGUGUGCGCGCACUUCGGGGCGUGCGCGUACGCGACGAUGCUGGCGACGCGGCGGCGGUGCGGAUACGUCGUCUUCGCGGGGUCGUUCGCGUAUCUGAUGCGGUAUCACUUCGUCGCGGACACGGCGACGGCGUGGAAGAGCGGUGAGGUGGACAUCAGCGGGCUGUUGAUGGUGCUGGUGCUGAAGGUGACGGCGUGCGCGUUGAAUUAUCAAGACGCGGCGACGACGAAGGCGAGCGAGAUGAGCGAGUUUCAAAAUCGACGGCAUCUGAAGCGGUUGCCGAGCGCGCUGGAUUACGCGAGCUGGUUGAUGUUUCCGUGCACGCUCGUGAGCGGGCCGGCGAUCGAGUUUAGGGAUUACUCGGAUUGGUUGCGCGAUCGAGGGGUGUACGCGCGAGGGACGCCGAAUCGCGUCGCGCCGGCGACGCGCAAGCUUCUCGGCGCGAUCGCGUGCUUGGGGAUCUACCAGGCGGUCGCGAUGAGGUAUACGAUAGAAAAUACGUACUUGAACCCGAGCUGGGCGCAGUACUCGCUCGCCGAGCGCAUUUGGCACGUGUACGUGUACGGUCAAGGUAAUCGCGCCAAGUAUUACUUCGUGUGGAUGAUGGCGGAUUUCGCCGCCACCGUCUCGGGACUUGGCUUUAGCGGGUACGACGCCAUGGGUAAGGCGCGUUGGGACACGGCAGCAAAUAUAUACCCGAUCGGCGUGGAGAAGUCGGUGACGUUGAACGCCAUUCCGUUGUCGUGGAACGUGAAAACUGGAUUGUGGUUGCGCCACUACGUGUACGAUCGGGUGACGCCCAAGGGUAAGAAGCCCGGUUUGUUGCAGAUUUUGAUCACGCAAAUCGUCUCGGGCGUGUGGCACGGACUGCACGCCGGUUAUUGGCUGUUCUUCGUCUCCUCCGCGUUCGCCGUCAACGCCGGUCGUUUGAUGUACCGAUGGAAGCAAACGCGCGUGCCGGAGAAGUAUCGCGUCCUCGUCGACGUCCCUCUCUGGGCGUUUACGCACGUCGCGCUCAACUACAUGUGCGCCGCUUUCAUCUUGGUCGAUUUGAAGCAAUGCAUACAAUCGUGGUCAUCGAUGCACUACUUCGGCCACGUCGGCAUCGCCGUCUUGCUCGUCUUCGGCGCCGUCUUCGCGCCGAGGCGCUCGUCCAAGCCCAAAUCGGCGUAA